CAAUAAUUUACUGUCCAAACCGUAUCUGAAUUGCAAGGACAGUCCUACAAGCUGGAGGUCUGUGCACAUCCUACCUAUACCUAGUACUUGGCAGGUAGAUGUUCAUUUCAGACAUAUAGACUUUCCAGAUGCAGUGCUCAUAAAACAUUUAUAGUGCCUAUCAAAUGAACAACGCUUUUAGAAAAUAAAAAACAGAAAGAAUACUGUAAUAUAAUAACUCUAAUGUACUUCUAAACACGUGGUGUCACUUUAACCUGAAGUCUUCUUGUUUUCAGGAACAGAUCAACAUAAAGGAACUCCCCAAGUACCAUAACCACUAAAGCACGCUGUUUUAGUUAGGAUGCCAGGAGUGGCCUGGUGCCCCCAUUGUAAGUAGCCAAACCGUUAGAAUGGUUUGAUUUCUUACCUGGGGUCUACAGGGCACCACUUCCCACCUCCACUACUUACAACGGAAAGACGGUCACUCAUAAGUAGGAGCAUUUGUUAGCUCUCCGGAGUGAAACCCUGUUCGAUCUUCGGUUGUUAACUCUCAGCCAAUGAGAUAAACCCUGCAUCAACAGGCUUAGCUCAUUUCUUCACCCCAUGUCUCUGGCCCCCUCUAGACAAUUUCAGGCACACAAUAUGCCGCCCCCACCCCCUUCUACAAACCCUGCCCCCCCUUCACCAAAACCCCUGCCCCUAUUCAUUUAACCCCUGCCCUCUUCACCAAAACACCUGGCUAUCCCUUCAUCAAUGCCCUCUGCACCCCUUCGUCAGACCUUGACUCUCUUCAUCAAUCCCCUGGACCCCCUUACAAGUCCCCUGCCCCCAUUCGCCAAUCCUCUGCACCCCUCAUCAAUGGUCUGCCCUCCUUCACCAGUCCCCUGCCCCCUUCACUAGACCCCUGCCCCCCCUUCAUCAGACCCUGCCCUCCUUCCCUGCCCCCCAGCCUUUACCAGUCCUGCCGCCUUUGUCUCCUGCCCCUUUCAUCAAUCCCUGCCCGUUCAUCAGACCCUGCCCCCUUAAUCUAUGCCUGCCCCAUUUACCAAUUCCCUGCCCCCUUCAAUCAAUUCCUUUCCUCUAUCAAUCCCCUGCCCCCCUUUAUCAGACCCUGCCAUGUUAAUCAAUCUCCUACCCCCUUCACCAACAACCCUGCACCCCUUCAAUAAAAGGCAAUAUAUUUAGUAAAAAGAAAAGCAAUAAGAACUAGGACUCCCUUUAAUGGCUGCUGCUCCCUGGAUUGAGCUUCCCACUCCGCCACAUCGCUGAUUUAAGAGCUCCAGCCGCCGACCUCACACGCACCAAGUGCAUCCUGCCGUGGCUCCCUGUGAAGGCGGAGCACAUGGACGUUGCGCCCCCAUGCUCCUCCUCCUCCACGCUCCAGACCUCUUCAUUCUGCAACGGAUCCUGGCCAUGGCUCGCCUCUCCCCUCAUAACUUGGGCUGGCCUCUUUGUGAUCUACUGCGAGCUGUGUCGGCCGCCCCAGCGCCUCUGUUGCCAUGGCGCUCUGUUGCCAUGUCGCACACCCCAAAGGCUGGCCCUGCACACACAUGCUCCGCACAGACAGGCUCAGACACACCCAUGCUCCCUACAGACAAGCUCACUAACACACAAACACACAUGACCCCUACAGACAAGCUCACUGACACACAUACAAGCUCACUCACUAGCAGGCACACACACAAACUCACUAGCAGGCACACACACACAGAAGCUCCCUUACUAGCAGAUGCACACACACACAGAAGCUCACUCACUAGCAGAUGUGUGCACGCACACACACACACACUGAAGCUCACUCACUCGCAAAUGCACACACACAAAGACAUACACACACACAGAGGCAGACAUCCACACACACAAAGGCAGGCAUCCACACACACAGAGGCAGGCAGACAGUCACACACACAGGCAGUCAGUCACACACACACACACUGGCAGGCAGUCACACACACACAGACAAUCACACACACAGGCAGACAGUCACACACACACACACACACACAGACAGUCACACACACAGGCAGCCAGUAACACACACACAGACAGUCAUACACUCACAGGCAGUCAAACACAUACACACUGACCUGCUUCUCACCUCCUGCUUGGUGCUCCUGGAGAUUGCUUGUUGGGGAAGCAGGCACUCCUUCCUGCUUCCCAUGCUGCAAUUACCAGGGCCGCUUAGCUCCGCCCCUCCUGCCGCUUAGCUCUGCCCCCACCUCCCAGUAAGCUCCGCCCCCGCUGCAAUAUAUAUAUAUUUUUUUUUCAAUCCCGGCCGGCUAUGUGCAAGCUGCUCCCAUGGGAACCUGUGUGGCCGCACUGCUCGGGCCGGCAGGCAUUACAGGAGCCUGGCCAGUGAUGAAUAGGGCUGUCAGCCCAGCCCCAGGUGCCGCGGACCACGGGGAAAUUUCCCGGUAUCCCGGUGGGCCAAUCCAGGCCCUGAUCCUAACCUUAAUUUAAACCUUAACAUUAACCAUAAAUGUCCCAUGUCCUAAGCUUAGUGAAUUCACUAACUAUAAUGAAAGUGUAAAACUAGUUUUACUAACCUUCCAGGACCUUGCUAUGGAGGAGUAGCAGGAGUGCUAGCACGCUUGUGCAGCACAGGAUCCAGCUGAUUCCCCUCACCGGAAGUGACAAGGGUAGAGGAUUUUCACGGGUAGGGAAAUUUGAUAGAACACAGGCAGUAAUUGUGGUUUGUGUUGGCGCAGGCUGUCACCCUUGCAGGAAGUCCCAUAAAAGGCUCGUUAGGGAGAUAUUCUCAUAUUCUCAAUAUAUUUAUAACCCUACAGAUUGCUCCUUGAACCUCAUACACAAAGUGAAUCUCUCAUCCUGAAAAUGUAGCCUGCUUUGUGACUGCCCCAUGCUCAGCCAUCGUGCUUGUUCUCACUUUGUGGAUUGGACUUUGGGAUUUCUUCAUUAAACUGGCAAUUGUGAAGAUUCAACCGAGGGGUAGUAAAGUUUUUGCCAAAGUGGCCAUAUUGAAAAACAUCUCCAGUCAACUGCUUUUCCUGCUCAGUCAAUUUAGCCCAAUUUUCAAAUUCACUUGUUUGUUUUUCCCAACUGCAUAUUUAGUGGGUAAACUUUUUUUUUAAAACUGAAUUUUUGCAUUUGCUGACUUUCGGAGAGAUUAGGAAUUUCUGAUGGCAGCCCUGUCUAGCGCCCCAUAUGGAAGCCUCGGUAUAGCCGUGAUUGCUUCCCUGGCAUGACCUUUAAUAUAUUCCAUAACUUCACAGUGUUCCCAUAUAACUGUCUUCUUCUUCUUCACUGUUUAGAUUAAUGCUGCUGCUCUGCUACAACACAUGUAACAGGAUUAGGACCUUCAGUGUCUUAUGUAAAGUACCUGCGUACCUAUGGAACAUAUAUGUCUUACGUACAGUACCUGUGUAUGUAUUGAACAUUUGUGUUUUACGUACAGUACCUGCGCACACAUUGACACACAUGCAAACAAAUACACAUACAGACAUACAGAUACACAUACAGACCCACAUGCAGACAGAUACAGACAAAGAUACACAUACAGACACACAUGCAGACAUUUUAUUUAGAAAAUUGGGCAGACUAGAUGGGCCAAAUGGUUCUUAUCUGCCGACACAUUCUAUGUUUCUAUGUUUCAGACACACACAGAUACAGACAGUCACAUACAUACACACACAUUCUCACACAUACACACACAUUCACACACACAUACACAUAGACAUACAUUCACACACACACACACACACAUACACAGAGAUACAGACACACACACACACAGAUACAGACAUUCACACACACAUACAGACACACAGAUAAGGACAUUCACACACACAAACUGUAAAAACUUUAGUCACCUUCCUGUUUCCUACCUACAGGAAGGUGACUUCCCUGGGGUCCAGUGUCUGUCUUAGGCUGAUGGGAGUCAGAGCUCCCACUCUGACUCCUUCCUCUCCUCCUCGGCGCUCUCUAACCGCACAGCUCUCAUAGCUGGGAGGAAGUGACGUGCUCUUAAAGCGCCCCAGUACUGUCUGGCUAAUUCAUUGCCAUUGGGUGGCCCCAAGAGCACGGCCUCUUCAAUGCGGCUCCGGCAGUUGUUUCGCGCGGCCAGGGCCGCACCACAAUCUCGGCAGGCACCGCAGUCACGGGGGGCGGCUGGGACCCCUGGAAUGACGGUCCCGGUCACAGCUGCGACCCCUGCGACUGCGGCAGUUCCACCAGUGGUGGGGGUUGACAGGAGCUGGAGCAGCUAGCGGGGUCCUGAAAAGCCCAAAGUCUCAUUUAGGCACCAUUUUUUAUUUUUAGCCCAAGUCUCCUGUAAUACUGAGAGAGAAAUAACAUCUCCAAUUAGGGUUUAGAGUUAGACCUAGGACAUGUUAUAGGCAGUUUUAGGAGGGACAUAAGCUACAAAAUUUACCCUUAGAUCAAAAUCAGCAGUUGGCAAAGAAACAACCAGGAUCUCUUACUUGGCCUGUACUGAUACUGGGAUUUGGGAUGUGACAUCACCUCCUGGCAUCAGUACAGAGCUGCAGGUAACUGGCCAAUCAGUGCAGAGAUAUUCUAGCAACCACCCUGAACCCCCAGGGAUAAGGUGUCCCUACAGCUCCCUUUCAAGUUCAGAAAAGGGAGUCUGGGUGCAACUCACUAUUAACAAAUAUGAAAUAAACAUUGUGUGUGUGUACGAAUGUGUGCAUGAAUGUGUAUGAAUAUAUAUGUGUGUGUGUGUAUGUGAGUCUGUGCAUAUCAGUGUGUGUAUCUGUGUAUAUAAUUGUAAGUGUGUGUGACUAUGAAUGUAAAUGUAUAUGAAUGCAUGUAUAUGAGUGCGUGUAAUUUCCCUACUAAAAGUGAGACGCAAAAAAAUAUAUAUUUUCGGCCCGGGUGCGAGGUUACCUAGGUAUGCUGCUGCCCUGUGGAGGACAUUACAUCACGGAACUCAGUUUUGACGUUUACAUCAAAUACCAGUUAGUGCUUUGUUAACUACAAAAUAAUGAAAUAUUGCAGUUUCUUGUAAUUUCUUUUCAUGACACUGCCAUACUUCAUUAUUUUUCAUCUUCUUCACUGGACUAAGACAGCAAUUUAAAUAUCAUAAAUAUGUUAGUACAUGAGCGUAUAAAGUAAAAUUAUAAUUUUUUUAAAGCAUGUUUUUCUUUUCGUUAAAGAAAAUUGGAAAACCCCAAACUAGGUUUUAGUUAAAGAUAAUAAAUGAUUAAUAUUCUCAUACUAUUUUUAUUCUCAUUAAAAAAAAACAACACACAGGAGAUUAGCACUUUAUCUUGAUUUAUCUAAAGAGAUUCUAGUUAUCGGCUACCUCUGAGUUCUAAUUCUCAAAAUGUAACAAAUAAAAUCUGGCAAUGAAGGAGUUGAUUCGUUUUCCCACUGCAGAUCUCACGCUGUAAUGGGAAAAUGAGCAUCACUUGAGAAAUCCACGGCACAAGUUAUGUGACUUAUUGUUGUCCCAAGAGGGAGGUGUAAAGACCUUGCAGGAUUAGAUCCAUGUUUUCAGUAACUACAAAGAUGCAAUUAUAAUUGGUAAAAUCAUUAGGCUAUAGACAAAACUACUAAGUGAGACACAGCUGCAGGAGUGUGGGAGAGGAUGCUCUAAAAACUGACCACAGGACCCUCGCUGCUUUGAAGAGUGAGAAAAAAAAUCCAUCAUUAGUGCCGUUUGGGGAAAACAAGAUAAAAUGAGUCUGUCCACUUAUCAUGAGGGGAAGUUGCUGCUCUGCAGACAGUGUUUAGAAACACUAAACAAACAUGUAUUCUUAACGCUAAUGUUUAAUUAUUUAGGUUUCUGCCCCCCUUGCAUCGCGUUGAAAAGGUGAUUUGACUCACCUUGUCUCCCAUGCCGUGCUGAUCUCACCGUGGCUGGCUUCGCCUCCAUGGCUGAGAUAAUCAAAAUUGAUGAUCUCAGCCAGUCCAAUGCUUUCCCAUAACAAAACGUGGUGCUGUGCCAAUCAGAAUCUCCUCAUUGAAUCAAUGCAGUAAGCACCUCUAGUGGCUGUCUGAAUGACGUCCCUAGGUAGUAAUGUAAACACUGCUUUGUAACUGAAAAGGCAGCAUUGUCAUAGACACCAGAACAACUACAUUAAGUUAUAUUAGUUUCGGCGACUAUAGCGUCUCUUUAAACCCAUAUCUGUCCUCUGUUACAGUGACAUAUAAGCAUGGCACUGUAAAUGUACAUGAACUACAUUCCCCUUGCUGCUUACAUGGUAAAAACGUUGUAAAACCUUGUGAUUAUUUUUCUAUCACUUUCCCUUUCAGCAAUUGUUCUUAACUCUUAGGUCAAGACUCAAAAUCAAAUGAUAAUGUACUUACAGAAUAGGGCACCAAGCAAAUGUUGGUAAAUCCCUGACUGAAAAAAUAUAAAAAAUAUUAAGAACCAUUGCAUUUGAGUUACAUUAUCUCUUAGCUUUUUAAUCAGAAUAUUUUUUAAAACGAAAUGUAUAGUAUAAUGCUCCAUUAACUCUUUCAAGACCUAUAAGACCAAGGCUUUCACAUUAACAAUGAAUUUACUUAAGGAACACUCCAAGCACAAUAACCACUACAGCCCAUUGUUGUUAUUAUGGUGUCAGGCAUCCCAUGGCAGCUUCCCAGAGUAAGUAGUUAGAUAGAUUGAGAAUGGUUUGACAACUUAGCUGGUGUCCAGCAGGCACCUUUCGCCACCUCCACUGGAGCAGAAGCUCUUGCAAUGAUCCUCCAUUAGCUCCAGUAAAUUAAGCACUGGCUCAUUGUCAGUUGAGUGCUCUCAGCCAAUGAGCUUGGACCGUACGAUUAAGAUUAGCUGAUUGGCAGAGCUUCUGAUUGUUGAGGAGGUGGCGAUGGGAGCCUGAGGGACCCCAUGUCACUUGUUAAACAUUCUUAAAUGCCUUGACUUCUUACUCUGGUAGGGGACAAUGGAUCUCCUUGCACCAACACCACUACAGCAAGCUACUGUGGUUAUGAUACUUAGAAUUUUUGUUUAUUCCUGGACCUGGGGUGGAAGAUAUUUAGAAUCUAGAUACGCCUUCUAUGAGUAUAGCCAAAAGGAAUGUUUAGAAACGUUCAACAGAGGAAAGAGAGAGUCGGUAGGGCCAAAAAAAACAAAACAAGACACUGACUAGGUAAUAGGAGUAUGUGAUGUGUAGAGUCCCACAAGGGGAAACCAACAUCAGGAGAGCUCCACUGUAUAAGAAAUGAGGAAGGAGGCCCUACCUUUAAUAAAUCUGAGGAUUAAAAGGGAUAUGCAAACAAAAAAGUAUAACUUGAAAAAAGGGAGAUCUACUAAACGGUGCCCAGGGGAUCAAUUGUCUGGAGUACUAACUAGCAUCUAAGUUCCAGUUCCCCUAGUGUCCGACUGACAGGAAGGUAGUGUAAACAAGGUAAGCUUUUUUUUUUUGCUUUAGCAUAAAUUGUUAUUAUUACAUAAGUGAUGAAUUCACCUAACAUUCCGCAGAACAGCCCUGCCCGUAGCCAUAUUACCACUCACGCCCCUAAAAUAAUACAGCUUCCUUCAUUGUCCAUUUGAAAUGUUGAGAGGCGUGCUUGUUUCUCCUUAACAUUGCUUCUUCCAGUUGGAAAAGGCCAGGAAGGACUAAGAUCCCACGGGUCCCAAGGCAGCUUUCCAAUGUUCCCCAUUAAUUCUGUACAUAGGGAUAGUAAAUGGAGCCAAGAAAAUUCAUGGUUCUGGGACUCUGUUUAUAUUUAUAAACUUGUCUGAUAGUGAUAGGAGUUACAGUUCACAACUUAAAUCUUGUGUCCCCAUAACUCCAACUUAAAGUUUCCCUAAACCUACACUAUGGGAUAGCAGUUGUACCCUAAAUGUCUUUUUUACAUUUUUUUUACGUUGCGGUACCCAAUUUAAUAUGUCAGUUGUAUUAUAUCUAUGGCUAUCAGACAAGCAGCAGUCAGAGGACCAUCUGUCAGCACUGAUCUGCUCUACGUGGGCCACCUGAUCUGCUUUAGUUUUUUAUCUGAGUGCCCCCCAUUCUAUCCCUCUGAAUUCUAUCUAUUCUUUAAACGUCCUUUGCAUCUGCCCAGCAAUCUCCAGUGAGACGGCAUUGGGGACUUGGUUUAGAUCAACUUAUUUGGAACGGAUCAACCUGUUCCGAGAUCUCUCUGUGAACUACAAUAAGUUUACUAUUGUAACUGUGCUGUUUGUUUAUAGGAUUAACCCGCUUUGUCUCAUUAAAUUUACUGGUAAAGUCAGGAUUUUAGCUGGAUUUGCACACAGACAUUUUCUUUUGUGAUAUUCGUAUUUAUUAUUUACUCAUGUUAACCCUUAAGAGCUGCAAGAAGUUUCAUGCCAUCAUUCUUUACAUGGCUUUAAUGUGUCUAUUGACUGAGUGAAACAUUUUGCAAAUUUUGUAUCAACAGAGCUUCUUGGACCCAUUCUGCCAGCUGGGUCCAAAUGUCUUCACGCUGAGUGCUGAAUGUCACAAACUCUCAAACUGGCCAUUGCUAUUUUUGCACUACAGAGUUGGCCUUAACCUAGUGGCAACAUCACCCCCAUGCCCCCAUCUGAAACAGACAGGUUAGGCACAGUAACAACUUAAUCUAAAUUAAUUGUUUAUGGUGCCAGGAGGCCUCUAGGUGCACGUUUCCCUUCAGGGGUUAAACCGUUCUUGACCAGUUUAACACCAAAGUUGCCUCCUAUGCCAAUUUUAACUCCCCCCAGGCAUUCUGCUUCUGAAAUCUCAGUUUCAGAAAUGGUAUUGUUUCCCCCAGAUUACGACAUCCAGAGAUAUUUUCAGUUUUGUGUCGGGUGCUAGUUGCACCUCCAGAACACAUGAUUUUAACAGCCAAAUGUAAAUUUUGUGCAACAAAUACAUUUGUUGUUAACACGCUCUGCAUGCUAACAACAGACAUAUUCUAAUUUUCACUUGCAGCCCAACCAGACCAGUAAAUGCUCUUGUACAUGGAGCAUUUGAUUAGAUCUCAAGAAAUUUUACGCAGCGCUACGCAUGAAGGGGCGUAAAAAGAUCCAGAAGAGCCUGGCCCCGUACUGGAUUUCAGAUAUGUUUUAAAUUAAACUAAUUUUAACAGUUUCUCAUGUUUCAGGGAGGCUGGGCUAAAGAAAACGGUUGCAAAAGUCUUUCCGUGUAAAAAAAUAAACACAAUCAAAGCGUUGGAGUAACUCUUCAACUCCCUGGUGAAUUCCCUACAAUUCAUAGUAAUAAAUUCUGUUAGUUUCAAAUUCACACAUAUGGUACAUUAUGUAGCAGAAGGCUCAUGCUGUAUGUGGUUUUUAACAUUCCGUUUACCAAUUUCACUUGCUGAACGUUUCACUUAUUUAGCAUUGUAUUAUAUAUUAUUAUAUAUACUAUAAAAAUAAUACAGGCGCACAAAAGGUUCCCAAACUGACAAACAAUUUGUUGGCCCUUAAUCCAAUCGGUAAAUUCAUUGACCCAUAUAGUUCACCAAGACUUUUUGGAUGAUUUAUGAAAUUCUCAAUUUAGUAAAACAAACAAACCAAAAAAAUAAAAAAAUAAAACCAUAGUGGUACAUGAACUGUGUUGUAAUAGCUUGACAAAGGCAGCUAUAUUUCCAACAUGGCUAUUUUUGUCUAAAACCUGGGACUUACUUUGAAUUCCUGAAAGUUGACCUCUUAGUUAGUGAAUAAGCCAUUUAAUGUCAUGCACCGUAUCUCCUUUGAAUUUGGGUUUGAUUGCUUCAUUUUUAUACCUACUCACAUCCAGUUCUUACUUUAAGGUUAUAAAGAAUAUUUAUAUUUGUUACAUUGAAUUAAAAUAUUUUCUACGUUUAAAUAGUUCACCCUAUGAUUUGUAUUUUUUAUUUAGUCGAUGUUUCUUCAUAACAAGUAGACUGCCUACUGAGCACAUACAAAGAUAUAUUACUCUUUAUCAUCACUCUUGUUUGCAAUGUAUGCCUGGUAUCUAAUGUCAACUCAAUAGAACCAUUUUUAAAGUGCUUUAGCGUGCUUUAAGCUAUCAUUCAACACAAAGCAUGGCAUUAUGGGAGAUGUGUAUUUAACAAAUGGAUAUUUCAAGCUGCAGGUUAUUACUGAUAUCCUAAAAUUAUCACUGAGUCUGCUACAAGGGGAUAUGUUUGUAUUACAAAUACAUUGAUUGCUAAUGUCUGAAAUUAUUAGCUAAGUGUGUGUCAAUACAUAAAUGCAGGCUCAUUGUCUUGAAGACACUCUACACCCUGAGAGUCAUUAUAAAAGCUUAAAGGACAACAGACUAGUACUACCACCCUCGUUCAAGGAACUCGCAUGAACUUGACACUUCAUGAUCUGCCACAAUGAUUAAAAAGAUGUGUUUUGUAUGGAUAGGAGGCUAAGAGGGAGGAAAGAAUAGGACAAGGGAGAAUGUUUGGAAUAGGUUGAGAGCUGAGUUUACAUCCUACAGAAAAGCCAAAGGCACAGACACCUAAACAUGCUAAAUAGAAAACACAAUUAAAACAAAUAAAUAAAAAUGCCAUGAAUACAAUGUAACACAUAUUUAUUAAUAAAAUGUAUUAGGUAAUAUACAUGCAUAAUAUGGAUACUAUUGCCUCCUUCUACAAUUCCACCCUCUCCAAUCAACUAGACAUCAUGGCCCCUUGUACAUUUAAACGCCGCAGGCCCCCCCAACAACAACCCUGGCACACCAAGCUCACUCGAUACCUCCAAAAAUGCUCCAGAACUGCUGAACGCUGUUGGAGAAAGUCUCACUGUGCAUCUGACUUUCUCCACUAUAAAUUUAUGCUGAGCUCAUACAGCUUGGCUCUUUCCUCUGCAAAAGUUAAUUAUUCAAUACCCUCAUAACCACACUCUCCCGCGAACCCAAACGACUAUUUCACACAUUUAACUCUCUUCUUCGCCCUGCUGUUCCUCCUCCACCUACUAACUUGACCGCCUCAGACUUUGCAAUUCACUUCACUGACAAGAUCUCUACAAUCAGAGAAGAGAUAUCUCAUCUUUCUUCUUCCACUUAUAAUACUUCCCCUUACAAUACUUCCCCUAACUUCACUCCCUCUGCUGUUCUAUGUUCAUACAUGCUCAUACAUUGGAAGAAGUUUCUGCUCUGCUCCAGUCCUCCCUCCUCACCACCUGCUCCCUAGAUCCAAUUCCAUCGCAUCUCAUCCGUACUCUCUCUUCUUCUCUUUCUCCACCUCUCACUAAAAUUUUCAAUCUCUCUCUCUCCUCUGGUAUAUUUCCAUUGCCCUUCAAACAUGCAACUGUAACCCCAAUUCUAAAGAAGCCCAAUCUUGACCCUAACUCCCCAUCCAACUAUCGUCCUAUCUCGCUACUGCCUUUUGCAUCCAAGAUCCUUGAAAAAAUUGUGUAUGCGAGAUUGACAGACUUCCUCGAGUCCAACUCUCUGCUAGACCUGCUUCAGUCUGGUUUCCGUGCUAAGCACUCUGUGGAAACGGCACUGACCAAAGUAUCCAAUGAUCUACUCGCUGCAAAAUCUCGUGGUCCCUACUCUAUCCUAAUUCUCCUUGACCUGUCUGCGGCUUUUGACACUGUUGAUCAUCAACAGCUUCUUCUCAUCCUCCGCAAUAUCGGUCUACAAGAUACUGCUCUCUCCUGGUGCUCCUCCUACCUCUCCCAGCGCUCUUUCAGUGUUUCUUUUUCUGACUCUGCUUCUUCUCCCCAACUCCUCUCUGUUGGUGUCCCCCAAGGUUCAGUCCUUGGUCCCCUACUGUUCUCCAUCUAUACCACCUCCCUUGGUAAACUCAUUAGCUCCUUUGGAUUCCAAUAUCAUUUCAAUGCAGAUGACACGCAAAUCAACCUGUCCUCUCCUGAUCUCUCCCCGUCCCUCUUGACUAGUGUCUCUGACUGCCUCUCUGCUGUUUCUAACUGGAUGGCUGCUCACUUCCUUAAACUAAACUUGACCAAAACUGAAAUUCUGGUCUUUCCUCCCUCAAAUGUGUUACUCCUGUGUCUGUCUCCCUCCAAGUCAACUGUGCUGCCAUCAGUUCCACCAUGCAGGCUCGCUGCCUAGGUGUUCUCUUUGACUCCGACCUCUCCUUCAAGCCUCAUGUUCAAUCUAUUGCCAAAUCCUGUCAUUUCCAUCUAAAAAACAUUGCGCGCAUCUGCCCCUACUUAACGCCAGAUGCAACUAAGGUGCUGGUCCAUUCCACUGUCCUAUCUCGCCUUGACUACUGUAAUACGCUUCUCAGUGGUCUUACGUGCUCCCAACUAGUGCCGUUACAGUCCAUAAUGAAUGCGGCGGCGAGGCUCAUCUUCCUGUCCGCCCGCACCUCCCAUGCCUCACCCUUCUGUCAGUCCCUACAUUGGCUUCCUAUAAAAUAUAUAGCUCAAUUUAAAAUUCUGGUUCUUGCUUUCAAAUCGCUACAUAAUGCUGCUCCCACCUAUCUAUCCUCCCUUAUACACAAGUAUGUCCCGUCUAGGCCCUUACGAUCUGCUGAAGACUUACGUCUAUCUUCUGUCCGUACUCCCACCUCUGAUGCUCGCCUUCAAGAUUUCUCGAGGGCUGCACCGUUCCUGUGGAACUCGCUUCCCUCCUCCGUUAGAUGCUCACCCAGUCUCCACUCUUUCAAAAAAUCUUUAAAAACCCAUUUCUUCAUAAAAGCGUAUCCAUUAAACUGUUAAUAGCUCCUGACUGAUUCCUCUUCUGCAACUGUCAUUAGUCUAAUACUAUCAUGGUGCUGCUGGGGGCCAGUUUAUACAAUACACAAGAUCCAGCGCACUCACCUAUCCACUAAACAGCAACUUUAAUGUUGACAGAUUUUGAAAAAAACAUUUUUAAACACCUAAUCUAGGCAAAAAUAAUGGGGGUUUAGUUACAUUAUAUGAUCAUACAUUGAAUAAGCCUGACACAACGUCAAUGCACCACAUCUUUGGCAGGUCCUACUAUAUAUAUUUUACACAUUUUAUUGUUCAGAUAUAAAAUUGUAGAAUAUGGUAGGCAUCUGGGUUACCUUACCAAAUAAAUAUAUGCACGUAUCUGUUUCAGACCCCACAAUUUCAAUAAAUGAAAUAAAAAUGUAAGUUUUUCCCCCUCCCUGCUUACUUUAGUUAGGGGCACAUUCCCCUAUUCCCAGUAGAGCCUUUGACACUCCUCACUGAUUUUACCCGGCCUCCUUUCUCCCCCACGCGGAUCUCUGGCAAUGUGCAAGGAGUAAGUAAAGUGUAAUCAUUUCCUCUCAGCACAUAGGGUGCACUGCCCCGUGCUCUGUGGAAGGUCCUGGCGGCACACUUGUGACAUUGCCAGGCACUUAACAAAGGCCGUGGCGGCCAUCAUUAAAACAAAUGAGCAUGGUGACUGGCCUGCGCAGAGGGCCCAGUGUCACAAUGGCAGCCCCCUCCCUUUUCCAGGCACAAUGGCAAUGCUCGAAUGCCUGAAUAGUCAGUCUGCCCCUGGCCAGAAGAAGGUUGCCUGGUCUGAUGAAAUAUGUUUUCUUUUAGAUCAGGUGGAUGGCUGGGUGUGUAUGUGUUGUUUACCUGGGGAUAAGUUGGCAGCAGGAUGCACUAUGGGAAUAAGGAAGGCCUGCAGAGGCAGUGUUAUGCUCUGGGCAAUCUUCUGUUGGGAAGCCUUGGGUUCUGGCAUUCAUGUGGAGGUAGCUUUGACACGUACCACCUACCUAGAGAUUAUUGUAGACCAUGAACUCUCCUUCAUGGAAAUAAUGUGUUCACUGAGGGCAGUGUCUCCUUUGAGCAGAGGAAUGGUCCCUGCCACACUGCAAACUGUUUAGGAAUGGUUUGAGGAACAUGACAAAGAGUUCCCCAGAUCUCAGUCUGACUGAGAUCUGGAACAACAAUCCACGGAUGCACCACCUCGCAACUUGCAGGACUUGACAGAUCUGCUGCUAAUGUCUUGGUGCCCUAUGAGCAUUCAGCUGCACAAAACGUGCACACACUCUUAUAUUAUAUAAUAGAUGUAUUGUUGAAUUUAGUGGCCUACCACAAUAUUUACUCAUGAAGUGUUUGAGAAUUGCUUCCUUCACCAAAUUUUAUGGCAUUUUGCUUGUUGCAAAUAUAUAUAUUAUUAUUAUUGAAUUUUUCUUGAUUUUUACGUGACUGGCAAAAUUCAGAACGAAUUAUAACCUUACAUUCGGAGCAAUCACAGCAUUCCGGGAGUUCUGUUAUUCUGACAUACAGUACAUUGUAUACCGGUGCAGUGUCUGUCUGAAGAAUUUGCACUUAUUUUUAGCAAGGCAUAUGGUAACGUAGAGUAUGUAAGGAUGCAACAAGGGUUUACAUAUCUCUAACAAACAGAUCAUUCAGUCCCACUCUGGGAUCCUGCUGCUCUGAUCCUGUAAUGGAUAUAAAAGCUGAAAAUUGCAAGCCAAUUAAUACUACUGUUUACAGGAGUAAAGACUGGACGUGACCCCUACUGCAUUUACUCCUGGCCUCACAUAAAGCUGUGAAUCUCUUCUUAAACACAGACAGGAACUAUCCUCAAGACAGCGCCAGUCAGUCACAAACAUCAUGUGUUUGGAGGGUGGAAAUAGGGAGACCAUCACUUAAACAGCCAAAAAGGUAAACAUUGUAUCUCUCAAUCUGAAUGGUGGGUGUUCAAAAUUAAUGUAGACCAACUCAACAGAUUAAUAACAGAGUAAAUGACUCUCUCAUUGGAGAUUUGGCAGCUGAAGGCAAUAAUCCAUUUAUUAUCAGACUUAUCUGUCUGUUAGCACAUUCCUACUAUCUAUACCAGAGCAGCCAUCAAUUGUCCAUUUGCUAGUGAUAAUUCUGUGCGGUCGCAUUAAAAAAACACUAGAUAAUGUAAUAGCUGUAAGUACAGAACAACAUGUCAAACAAAGAAUGUCAGAAUUAUUCACUAACGUGUGAAAUGUAAGCAAAAUGGGAAAUCAAAGUGAAUUUCACUAUUUUAGGCCACAAUAACUGGGAAAUUGGGAAAAGUUCGCUAUUUUUGCCAAAAACUUUAACCUCUUAGUGACCAGACCAUUCAAUAUUCUUACUGUUAAGGACCAGGGCUGUUUUACAUUUCGGCAGUGUUUGUGUUUAGCUGUAAUUUUCCUCUUACUCAUUUCUCGUCAUUAAAUGGUCUUUCUAAAGAUACCAUUAUUUUCAUCAUAUUAUAUCAUUUACUAUAAAAAAUUUAUAAAAUUUGAUUCAAAUUUUUUAAAAAACACACUUUUUCUAAUUUUGACCCCAAAAUCUGUUAGGCAUCUACAACCGCCAAAAAACACCUGUGCUACAUAGUUUCUAAAUUUUGUCCUGAGUAAUCCCUGAAUAACCCUUCACAUGUAUAUAUUUUUUAAAAGACAACCUAAGGUAUUAAGCUUGGGGUAUUUUGACUCUUUUCAUGCAACCAUUUUACCACCAAUCUAUGCCAAUCUAUGCCAAAUUUAAACAAAAAAUUAUAUUUUUUUGACACACAUAGCAAUUUAAGAAUACAUGUAUGGAGAACUUUAAGGGUUAUUGCCAAAGAACACCCCAAUAUGUGUUCAGCAACAUCUCCCGAGUACAGUGAUACCAUCCAUGUACAGGUGUGUCGGGUUCUCUGGGGGCUAAAAGACCUUAUUUGGAGGGUGCGCAUUCCAGUUUUCCAACUUGGAAUUUUCACAGCUGGUUAUCAUGCAUCCAUGUCCUAGUUAGGACAUUUUUGAAGCCAGCCAAUAUAAUUUGCCCCCAUCAAACUAUAUAUUUUUGAAAAGUAGACACCCUAGGGUAUUUCAAAUGGUGGUAUUUUAACAUUUUCAAUGCACUAAUUCUACCACCAGUCUUGGUGAAACUUAUGGGUUGUCAUUUUUGUGUGUUUUUUUUUCUCUCACAUUCUAGUUUAGGCAUGGAUUCUCAGUUCCUAUUAUGUGUUAUUUACAAAGAACACACCCCAAUAUGUGUUCAGCAAUAUCUUCUCAGUACAACAGUACCCCCAAUGUACAGGUUUUAUGGGUUUUUGCAAACAUACUGGGGUCAAAAAUAGAGCUUGCCCCCUUCCAUGUUUGCACAUUGAAAUUUGCCAGAUUGGUUUGCUGGGCCUAUGUUGCCUUUGACACUGUAUGGCAGUCCAGGAGUCAAAAUUAACCCCAUCAUGGCAUACCAUUUGUAAAAGUAGACAACCCACGGUAUUUAAAAUGAGGUAUAUCCAGUCUUUUUUAGUAGCCAUUAAAACCUUGCCAAAAUUAACGUUAAUAUUUUUUUCAUUUUUGACACAUAAACUGCCAUUUUACAGAUGAUAUUAUCAGUAUAAUACAUUUUACUGCUCUAAAACACUCAUAUUUGUGUAGAGUAAUGUCUCAUGAGUACAGCAGUACCCCUCAAGUACAGGUUUUAUGGUAAUUUGGAAAGUUACAGGGUCAAACAUAAGAUUUGGCAAUUUCUGUUUUUGUAAAUUGCUAUUUGCCAGAUUGGCUAUGUUGCCUUUGAGACAGUAUGGCAGCCCAGAAAUGAAAAUUAACCCCACCAUGACAUACCAUUUGAAAAAGUAGACAACCCAGGCUAUUCAAAAUGAGGUAUGUCCAGUUUUCUGUAGUAGCCACUUAGCCACAAACGCUUGCCAAAGUUAGCGUUAAUAUUUGUUUUUUGCAUUUUUUAAAAUUUUAAUUCUUUAUUUUUGACAUUGAUAUAAAGAUUAUCGCCAAGUCAUUAAAGAUAUUGCAUAUAUUAGAGCAGCAAAACAAUCAUAUAGCAUACUUAAAGUAAACUUUGCAUUAGAGGACCUGUAUGGGUUUGCUUAGCCAAUGUCCAGUGUCCAGUCCAGUAUAUGUGUGUAUGUGUGUGUGUAUACACACACACACACACACACUUUUAUUUCCUAUUUAUGUAUAAUAUAUUAUAAAAUAAUUAAAGCAUUUUAUUAUAUAUUAUACAUAUAUAAGGCAUAUAUAUGAUUAGAUUAUAAGUGUAUUUUGAGAUAUAUGUGUAUAUAUCUCAAAGUACACUUAUAAUGAAAUUAUAUAUAUGCAUUAUAUAUGUAUAAUAUAUUAUAAAAUGCUUUAAUUAUUUUAUAAUAUACUAUACAUAUAUAAUAUAUAUAUAAUAUAUUAAUUUGAUUAUUUUAUAAAAUUAUACUUUUUAAGUGUCGUGGGGACUGCCUGGCAGCUCAGACAGUCCCCCUGCUGGGAGCUACGUAGACUCCUGUUGCGGCCAUGUGAUCAUGGUGGCCGGAGCUGCUGCAGGGGGACUGCUGAGGUCUCAGACAGUCCCCCCGAGCGGGAUCACCGCGGAUGGCCAGUCCAGGUAAGUACAGGGUCCGAUUUGGCGCGGACAUACUGGGUACAUGCGACGUUGUUAAUGGACGUUUUUUGUCGGACGUACCCAGUACGUCAGAGGUCGCGAAGGGGUUAAAUUCACUUGAGAUCCACUUUGAAUUCCUGACAAUUCACACAUUAGUGAAUAACGAUUUAUUUUUGCAACUGGUGAACUUAGGGGUUUAAUCACUAAAAGUUGAACUGUAAUGAUCUGGAAAUGUUAGGGCAACAUGGCUGACUUGGAAAAAUUCUCUAGUCAUGGCUUUUUUUAUUUUAACCAAAAGUUGGCUCAUUGGUUUUAAUUCAUAUUAAUUUGCAGUUUUGUGAAUUCGCUGUUCUAUUAUGAAUUCUCUUGGUUACAGUGUCACAGAUUGUACGACCGGCAUAAAUCAACAGAAUAUUCUGUUCUUUUUGGAACUUUGCUACAAAGGAUUAUUAAAGGGACUCUCCGGUCACCAGAACAAUUUCAUCUAAAUGAAGUUGCUAUGGUGCCAGGAGGCCCGUGGGAGCACUCUUACCUGAAGUUGCCUCCAGUGCUGAUCUCCAGGUCACCUAAACGGCACCCUGUUUGUGAAUCUCAGUUACAGGAGCUAACGCUUUAAGCCAGUUAGUAGCUCCCCAUGGAUAGAAAAAGGCAUGUUUCUUUUUUUUCACAAGUGGGGAGCUACUGAUUGGCUUAGAGCAGGCUUCCCCAAACUCUGGCCUUCCAGAUGUUGCUGAACUACAACUCCCAUGAUUCUCAGCCUAUCUAUUGCAUUCAUAAAAUCAUGGGAGUUGUAGUUCAGCAACAUCUGGAGGGCCGGAGUUUGGAGAAACCUGGCUUAGAGGAUCAGCUGGCAUCAAGUCAUGGCACCUUACAUCAUGUUUUAGUUCACUGUUUAAUCAACAAAUGCCUAAAUUCAUAAAAAUCUGCUAUUAGUUAUUCAGCCAUAUGCAGGGUUGAUAAUAGUCUUUGUAAUGCCUUAUAUACCAUGAAAAUCAAUAAGACUUUAAAAAGCACAUGGGGUCUAGUGUCUGGAGUAGCUGCUGUUUUUGUUCUUACAGAAUGAGCAUCUCAUAUUUUAUGCUAUAUUAGAUAGUUCAGUUUAUUAAAACACCAACUCGAAUUCCUUUUAAAUGUCAGGAUUGCUGGCAGUAAUAGCUCGGUGGAAGUGCUGAAUCUGCAAUUCAUUCUUCAACAGUUAAUCAUAUAAGUACCAUUGAGAUGGCCAAUUAUAAUAAAUGUUUGCCAACUGCUUAUUCAGCUGAUUCCAGGCACGUGCUGGAUGGUUUGAGUGCCCUUGAGAAAAAAAAAAAAAAAGGGCUGUAUAAAUAUAUCAUCACCAUUAUGUCAGCUGUUACUGUUCUCUCUUCAAGAAAAUGUAAUAUGUGAUACCUAACAGGAUGCAACAUAUCACCAUCUCUGGUUGGCAUGGUUUAAUUUUAGCUCCAGCUACAAACACUAAGCACUAAGUUUGAAUAGGGAAACAAUCGUUUAAAUACUGUGGCUGAUCUUUUGAUGGUAUAUAAUAAUAAUUAUAAUAUAAUAUAAAUGUAUAAUAGUGUUUUAUUCUUUUUAUAAAUGCCACGUCCUCUAUUUCUUCCACUUUCUCUGAAACAGGUAUUGCUGUACCUUAACACAUGAUCCGAAUUAAGAAACACUGCCUAAUGCAGCCCCCACAUAUUACGGGCAGGAAAUACAUUCCUUAAUGAAAGAGAGAUCCCUUCAUUAGUUAAAUGAUUUCCUUCCUGUAGGACGUGAAUAACGUGGAAAUAUUCAGGGUUACAGCCCAACCUGUAGGCUUUAUAUCAGGAAAGCAUGGCCUACUAUGUGAGGUCCAUCUCAUAUAUUAGAUACCAUCUGCUGGGUUACUAUCAGACGACCAUAAUUUCAUGAUAACAUGGGAAGUACCAAACACUGUUGGAGGGUUCUGAAGGUACAAAUGAAGAACACUGAGCUUUAAAGAGGUAAAGAAGGCACUGCUCGCUCAGGUACCUAUGAGGAUUUGAGGUAGGCAGACAUAUAUUGUUAGGUGUCUUGACAAGACACCUGGUGAGGGGGUAUGACUGGGAUUCGAACCUAGGUUUCCAAGUUCUAAGGACAAUGACAUUACCACUGCUCUAACCAGCCUAUAGGUUAGCACCAGCCCUUCAAUUAAUUCUAGCCACUAAUAGAUUAUUAUUUAUUUAUUUUAUUCCAGAUUUCAUUGGCUGUAAUGUAUGCUGAGAUUGUACUACAAUAGAUAUUUUUUCCUGAGAAGUGUUAGAAUUUAAAACCAUCAGGAAAAAACAAAUAUGAACCAUUCUCUUUACCCUAAAAAAAACAAUAGUAUUAGACAAAACACAUUACUGUAUUUGUAAAAUACCGCUGCUGAUUAUUUUUUAUUACAAGAUCUCCCACAAUUUCCCACAUUGUGUGUCUCAUAUAAAAGAACAUACGCUGUUUUUAUGAACAUUUUAUUCUUUCAGUUCACAACAAAACUAUUUAGUUCACAACAAAAAAACUAUUCAGAUGUCUCAGAAUAAAUGGUUCAUAGGAAGCUAUACCUUACUGCAUGUAAGGGAUUUGAAGGGUUGACUUUUAACCGGAAAUACAAUAAUUAAAAUGGUCAAAGACAAAUGUGCAGCAUAAAGAUGCCAUAAAAAUGUGAAAGAUCCACUUGAUGCCUUUGUAUGUCUCAAGGAUUGUAAUACCAUAUGUCUCAAGGAUUGUAAUACCAUAGUUCCAAACUUAAAGGGUUACUUUAACAACCAUGACUACUUCUGCUUCUGUAAGUGGUCAUGGCCGUAGGAAUCUGUAUAUGUAGCCGUUGUGCUUGAACUAAUUACACCACCAGCACACGUGACUUAGACUACCCAGAACACUGUUUCAGACUGCCUAAUUUUAAUUCUGUACAAUAAAAGAUAGAAUACUGGUGACACAUAUGGUCAGCUUCUCAUGAAGGGGAAGCCUUUAUCUUCCUUUCUUCCUUUAAUUAAGCCCUCCCUAUAGUGCUCCCCUUUUUUACUUUGGUUCCACCCCCAACUCUCUACUUCUCUCCACAUCCCAGCUCAUGGCAUAUGCAUGUGCUCUGAGCCGGGAGAACGGCCCAAUGAAAUUAAAUUUUACCACAGAGAGGGAGGCUGUGACAUUGGACAAGGUGUGGAAACCAGCGCGGGGAGCUUCUAGUGUAUUCUUCCUUUUACAGGGUGUGACGGAGCUCCAGUACUCCGACCGAGUACGUCCGCCAAGUCUGCUUCCUCGUACCUAUCAGGGACCCUGCAGCACUUCAGACCCAGUUGCUGAGGCUUGACUGGAAUCAUUGAGGGCCUUUUACACCCUGGAAUAAACACCAGACGACACUUGGUGAAGAUUAAAACAGCAACUGACUUUACUAGGCAUAGCACACAUUUAAGCAACCAACAGCCUCAUUUACAUACAAUAGGUUGCAUGGAGUACUAUAGUACAAGGAAGGUUGGGGUCAGACAAUAGCAAGGGCUGAUGAGAGAUUGAGGAGGGACAAAGCAGAUAGUUUAAACUGGUCUGGCAGUGUCCCUGGGACAAAACCCUGCUGGGGAAACAAUAGGACCGGAAAAAGGGGGAGGGAAAAGGGGAGAGGCCCAGACAAGCAAUACAUUCAACAUACCCUGCACCAAUAAUGGGCACAGGUUGACCAAAACACAAAAGGAAUCUGGGGACCCACAUAUAGUGUAUGUCUUCCAUCCCCAGAGAUGGUGACUACCGUCACACAGGGUUUUAAGGGGAGGGGGACCUAAUAACUAAUGCAAAUUACAUAACACAUUUUAUUAAAAAGAGUUGGAAUAACGCUUUAAAUAUUUACCUCUAUCACUCAUAAAAAAAUCAGCCGUGGAAGGAAAACUAUAGUUUAAGGAAUACAAAACUGUUUACUUAACACCCUCUCCCUUGCAGCUCCCCCAGUAGCAAAUAAAGGGGCAACAUUUUUUUUAACAUUUACCCAAUUCUCUCUUCCUCUGUUAACGUCAACCGGUGGAGGGACUUAAUGCACAUGCGCAUCCAGAGCCUUCUCCAUAGAAAAUUGCUCACUCAGUACUUUCCUAUGGAGUUUCCCAACUGGAUGGACGUCCUAAUGCAAAGCGUGAGGAUGCCCAGCGUCGAUUAAUGGAGCCAAACUCUGUGAAACUCCAGGAAGCUCCUCUAAUGGCUGUCUGAUAGACAGCCAUUAGAAACAGUCUUAACCUUUUAAUGUAAACAUUGCAGUUUCUCAAAAACAGGGACAGUGCACCUCGACCACUUCAAUGAGAUUAAGUAGUCUGGGUGCCUAUAGUGUCCCUUUAAAUACUAAUAGUGUAAUCACAAGAGGUAUAACACCCACGUUACACAGGACACCCACACAAGACUUACAUAAAAUAUAUCACAAUGCACCCACAGCACAUACAGUACAUACAGCACACAUUGUGUCAAACAGAAACGUUAUGAUUUGAAGAUUUUUUUUAGACACAUUGCUGUAAAUUUCUUCUUUAAUAUGAUACAGAAAGGAACUUGAUUGACCAACAUAAGUGGUGAUCCAGAUCACAGACGACUUAAAGAUGGAUGAUCACAUAGAGGAACGAUAAGCACAUGCAUUUAUUUUCCCAAUAAUAAAACAAUGAUGGUAGUUUCCCUUUAAAUGCAUGGAAUAGCUCCAGAAGCAACUAUCUGCUUAUAGAGUACAUUCGUUAUAAAUAUUUUAGAGUGAUAAAACACAAUGAAACUUUUAAAUUGAAAGAUUUACUCCUACCCUUCUCUUGCACUCGGAGUACGUUAAGAAAAAGUUUAAUUGCACAAGAUAAGAGACAGAGCGUUAUUGACACAAUUUUAUAUUGUCACCACUUUACUCUUGUUAGAGAGAAGACGUUUUCAAUAGGUUCAAUUGUCUGGAGAAGGGAGGAAUGCAUAGCUGUCCUUGUUUAGAGGAACAUAUUGUGCAGAAAAUGACUCCUUUUUGCUCUAAAAGAUAAAUGUUUUGGUUUUUUCCCAUGGAUAUUGUGCCUUUCAGCUAAUAAUAUUAUGUAGAAAGGAAGGAAGUCUUCACAUAAAUUGUGAAGACGAGAGUUUGGUACAAAAGGUAAACUAAACAAUAAUUGAAAAAAAUCGUGUUGGUAACAUAGGUCAUAGAGACAUAUAUGCAUUUCUUUAUUUAUCACUAAAAAGUGUGAAUCUCGGGACUGAUUAUUUAAACAUGUAGUCCAAAGGACCUUUCCCUUUCCUUAGUUGAAACAACCUAACUCUCAAAUCAUUUCAAAGCAGGCUUCCUUAACCAGGUAAUCCGGUAACAAAGUUUGGCAGUUCAAAAUCAUUGAUUUUAUUUUCUGAUCUAUCCUCUCGUCUAGCGGAUGCUAUUUUUUAAGAGAGGCAAAUGAGAAUGGCCCAUAAGUAACAGUACCCGUGUCAGCCAUUGUGUCCACUUUGUUUAUUUUGCAUCCACCAUGGCCUCUGAUUUGCCAGUUUUUUUUUAAUUUUAAUUCUUUAUUUUUGUUGUGCACAUUAUAGGUAACAUCCAACAUAUUAUUCCGCUGUGCCCCAACAGCUACAGCGGGAUUUGACCAACAUAAAACAACUUGUAUGGUUAAAACUGUCAUAACGAUAAUAGUUUUGCACAUUUUUAAAUGUUUGAACGUGUGUGUUGUGGUGUAUCUGAGAUGGGUUGUAGCAGUAGAUGCGAGCGUGUAGUUUGAGAUAGUGAGUUGCGUAGUAAUUAAUCGGGACUGGUGUUAGGGAUGAGUUGGGACGGGCUGUUCAGUGUGGAGCUAUCAUGUUGUAGCGUGUAGUGUGCUUGUUGAGAGUGCGUGAAUUGGCCCUCCAUAGGUGGUACCCCUUACCGAGGUGGUAGCGGGGGGGGGAGAGAGCUGGCCAGUGUGGAGCCGAGAACCUGCCAGGUAGCGCCCUGUUUCUAGGUGUUGGGGUCGAGAGGUAGGAGGUCCUCCUUGGGGGACUCUCGUGUGUGUGGUGCGUUGAUAUACGAUUGAUAACUGUGAACAACUUAAAACAGACUAUGGCAUAACACUUUGCAAGCAGGUAUGCAGUCCCCUUGGAGUUCAGGUCCCUGGAUGAGUGGCUGAGCUGGCGGCAGGAACAAACGGGACAACUUGGGAGGGGUUCCAGCUGUGAGUGUUCGCCCGUCUGUCAUCGGUCAUCGCAUGGGACUGUAGGCCCAGUGCCAUAAGGAGGGUCGGGGUGUCUGUCGGCGAUGAGAGUUUGUGAACUGUCCCUUUGUGGUUCACCACUAGUAGCCUCAGGGACAUCCAGCGAUAUUUGAUGCCAGCUGUAGCGAUCUCUGCCACUGCAGGGUGGACAUCGUGAGGUCCUGAUAGAAGGUGAGGCUAGCGCCUUCGAAGAUGAGUGGCGUCUUGCCCUGCAGUGCUGACCAGAUGGAGAUUUUGUCGUGGGCAUGUGAGCAUCGCACUAUGGCGUCCUGUACCGCCAUCGCCGGGGCCCUGCUGGACUUAGGCAGGCGGUAGGUCCUAUCCAGGGUGACUUUUUUGGCUUGUGCAGCCGGCAGGAUGGUGGCCACUAGUCGCCUUACGUAUUGGGUGAGUUCCUCUGGGGUUACUGUGUCCAGUAUGCCCCUUAUCUUAAGGUGGUUUCUCCUGGACCUGUCGUCCAGUGUGGCUUGGUGCAGGGAGAGUGAUUGUUGCAUGGUUUGUAGGUGUUGUAUGGCCUCUUGUACAGUGUUCAUGCCUUGUUUAAGGUCAGCGAUAUUCCCCUCUGCUGUUCUCACUCUGUCAUGUACCCUCUGCAUGUCUGCCUUUAUGGCUGCCACAUUAGCCGCCAGUAGGUUUUUAAUUUCUCCCACCAGGUUUUGGAAGUCCCGCUAAGUGACCGGAGCUGACCCAUCCCCUGCAGCCGGUGUGGUAAGCCCUGUGUGUGGUUGGAUGAGCUGUGAGUGUGUCUCGGUCGGUAGAGGGCUCUCCAGUGUUUCCGCGGCCCUGUUGUUCCCAGGCGGUGCCAUUUUAGGUGGUGGUUGCCUCUGGAGCAUAGUCUCAAUUCCCUGCGCCCAUAAUGGUAUGUGUGGGGGCGAUUUUUGGGACCUACGUCCCAUCUCGGAGGCUGUUGCAGCGUGAUGUGCCGGCCUCUCUCCAGGCGUUUUCCGUUUUUUCCUUGGGCCUUGGCCGCUUGGAAGAACGGCAUGUGUCGGGGUUGCGUCCUUGGUGCUUUCGGGUGAGUUGCCCGUGUGUGUGGGUAUUUUAGGGUGUUUCCGUUUAAAGCACAUAUAAAUAAAACAGGGGCUGCUUUCUUCUUAAUUCCUCUAUUUACUCUUUUUCCUUCUACUUUUUCUUCCUUUUGUCUUUUAUUAAAGUACAUUGUUUGUAUCCUUAUCGGCCUCUCACCCGUCUCCACAUUUGCCUCUCUUUCCUACUCUUACCAUAAGCACCUUAACGUACUGGGCUGGUAACCGGCAUCACCAAAGUCCAACACUACCUUUUUUCCAUCCUUCUUUAAUGUGGCAUUGCCUCAGACCUCCUCCUGUGUACGUGUUACGGCUGCAGGCCU